GUAAACAAAAGUUUGUUUUGCUUGUCACCCGAUGGAAGAUGUAUGUGAGCAACACUCGGGUUAAUUGGACAACAGAGAAUGCUGUUUUGACAUUUGUAUAUACAUAUUUUGUCAUUUGCAGAGCUCGCAGCGUAUGGUGGCCAACAUGGAGCUGGUGUUGGUGCGCCAUGGAUUUGAGUACCGGACUCGGGACGGUCGGCUUGUGUCCAUCAAGCCCGACGAAACCUACUUCCUGGUGUCCAGGACUAACCAACACUGGUGGCAGGUGCGCUCCCACCAGGACCACACCGACCCUUUCUACGUCCCGGCUCAGUACGUCAGCCAGCUGGCCUCACCUGCAGACCUUGGAGAUCCCCGCCAGCGUUCCCCGUCUGCUUCCUGUGGGGACCAGGCAGAGAGCACACCUGCGCCACACCCAGGUGAUGGUGCACCUGAUGGUGAAGACGCCUAUGGGGAGGUGGAGUUGAGCGGUGGAGAAGAUGAGAGCCGUCAGUCUUGGUCCCACCUUUAUGAUGUCAUGGCGGAGGACAACAUCACACAAAAGGUGGACGAUGAAAGCGUGCGAGCACCGAUCUACGUCAACCUAGCCGAGUUCCGCCAGAACCCGAGCGGGUCGCCCCCCGACCACCACGGAUGGGAAGUGCAUGUUGACCCAGAGAGCGGACAGGAGUACUACUACCACCCCGCCACGGGGCGCACCACCUGGGACAGCCCCCUUGCCGAGUCGCCCCAAGAGCCCGACCCCGGCCCCGACCCCGCCGAGGAGCCCCGGUCCCCCGCGCCCACUUGGUCCCCCACCCGCAUCCUGUCCACCGCCUCCCGUCCGGCGUGGACCUCGGACUGGGAGCAGCUGAUGGACGAGAGCAGCGGGCUGCCUUACUUCUACAACGCCAUGUCUGGGGAGACGUCCUGGGAGCCUCCGGGCCUGCAGAGUCCGUACCUGCCUGCGAUGGAGCCUAUGAGCGUGCACCGGUUCCACCAGGACACGCCGCCUCCCCUGCCAGAGGAGGACUACCCAGGCUACGAUCAACCACACCCCCACCAGGAGUCCUCGGUCCCGCUGCUCCCCAGGGAGUACGACCUGAGCCAGGUGAGCCGCACCGUCAUCCCCAGGGCCGACCUGGACCGCAGCACCCCUGCUGGCUGGAGGCUCCACGUGGAACCUGACGGAACCUGGGUGUUCACCAGCGAGCACUCCUCAGAACAGUGGGUCAAGUCCGUGGACGACGUGGGCCAGACCUACUACUACCUAAGAGAUGGAUCCAAGUCCCAGUGGGACCUGCCUGAGGCGCUGCCCGCCGUCCCGGGUCAGUUCAGGGAGGAGAGUGGUGAGGACGGAGACCCGACGUGUGUCUUCAAGAACUGGAGACACGGUGUGGGACCCACCCAGCUCAGCCCAGCCCAGGAUGACAUGAGGUUCUUCCCGACCCACCAGAGAACCCCGUCAGACUGCAGCAGCGAUGGUUCCAGCACGGGAAACUCUCUCGAGGUGACGCCCAACGUGCAGAACUUGGAGAAAGCUGGAAUCCUGAACAAAACUAAAGUGUCUGAAAACGGCAAAAAAGUCAGGAAAAACUGGACCCAGACUUGGACUGUCCUGCACGGAGGAGUGCUGACGUUCCACAAAGAUCCAAAGUCGGGGGCGCCGGGAGCGUUGAACAAGACCAAUCAGAUCGUCCCUGAGGUCCGGGUGGACCUGCGGGGAGCUGGCAUCGGCUGGGCCUCCAAAGACAAGUCCAGCAAAAAGAAUGUUCUAGAGUUAAAGAGCAAGAACGGUGCCGAGUACCUGAUCCAGUACGACACUGAUUGCAUCAUCAACGACUGGCACAAAGUCUUAAUGGACACCAUACGACAGCUAGAGUACCAGGACACCCAUUCGGAGGGGGAGGAGGCGGACGUGUUUGAGAAGGUUGGCACUUUGGAGCGUGACGACAAGUUCGGAGGAGGCUUUGACGUGCGGAGAUCUUCCAGACUGAGCGUGUACAGCAGCGCCGCAGGAGAGACUGACCCCAAGAAGGUUCGCACCAAGCUGAUGAAGUUCCUGUCCAAGAGACCCUCACUUCAGGCCGUCAAGGAGAAAGGCUACAUCCGAGAUAAUGUGUUUGGCUGCCACCUGGACACUCUGUGUGCUCUGGAGGGAACCACCGUGCCCAGGUUUGUGGAGAAGUGCAUCAAAGCUGUGGAAAGGAGAGGCUUGGACGUCGACGGACUCUACAGAGUCAGCGGGAACCUGGCAGUCAUCCAGAAACUACGCAUCUUGGCGGAUCAUGACCAACUGGACCUGGAAGACGGACAUUGGCAAGACGCUCACGUCCUGACAGGAGCACUCAAGCUCUUCCUGCGUGAGCUUCCUGAGCCUCUCUUCCCCUACAGACACUUCUAUGACUUCAUCACGGCCAUCAAAAUGUUGGAUUACGACAAAAAGGUGGAUCGUAUUUGUAACCUGGUCCAAUCUCUGCCAGCACCCAACCACGACACCAUGGAGCUUCUCUUUGGACAUUUACGCAGGGUGAUCCAGUCGGGUGAGGACAACCGCAUGACGGUGCAGAACGUGGCCAUCGUGUUCGGACCCACGCUGCUGCGACCCGAGCAGGAGACGGGCAACAUCGCCAUGCACACGGUCUUCCAGAACCAGAUCGUGGAGUUGAUCCUGAACGAGUACAAGCGCGUCUUCCACUCCAGCUAGGAGUGCACCGCUCUUAUUUUGAAAGCUCCUUCCUCCCACGUAAAGCAAAUUCCAGAUCCACGUGUGGAACCCCCCCCCACCCCCCCCCUCCCCCCUCAACCUUCUUUUGAAAACCACCUUUAUUUUACCAGCUUUUAUAGCAUUUAUCUUUUUGUGUCUUAUUUUAAUAUUUGAAUGUUGACUUGUUUGUACCCACUGAUCUUAUUGUAUUAUAGAAGUGUAUAGAGCUAUUAACGGCACCCUGCUGUGAAGUAGAGCUAAUAUAGAAUAUUUAAAUAAAGACUUAUAAGCUGUAUUUAACUAAAGAAUAAAAGCAAUUAGCCUGACCAACAGAUACUAAUAGAGAAAAAGUCCUGUAAAUAGAAAGAUGUCAAAAGAAGGUGUU